GACGUUGUCGUGACAGAAAAAUGACGUGGAGGACGAUGACACGGUGUCGGUCUUAAACCCUACGUUUUGACAAAACCCUCACCGGAGAGAACUGGACCUCUUAGAUUGGGGAGUUCGCAACGCCAUCUCUAGCCGGAACCACCGCAUCUCAAAUGGCCGGUGCGAUAUCGGAAACGGUCCAGAGAUUCACCGCCGAAACCCUCAAAGCAGCAAGCAAGCAAUCCAUAGGAUGCUAUGUUGUCCCCCUCCGUCUCCGACGAGCCAUCAAAAAAUAUAUUCGAGACCAAGAAGAUCAACACAUGAAGAGGAAAGUUUCGAGGUUGUCAGAAUCGUUCAAUGAUAUCAAGGAUGUUAAUUUGCAGUUAGCUGCAUCUACUGCCAGGGAGCUAGUUGACGAUCCUCUCAAAUAUGUUGGAUGCUCAAAGCGGUGGAAAAUUAAGAGUUGCUAUGGUGACAUUGGUCUUAAAUACAGAGAUGACCAGACAAUUGCUUACGUUGCUUCUCGGAUGCCUGCGGUUUUCUCAGCUUGCCAUAGAGUUCUUACUGAGGUUAAAAGAAGGCUACCUGGAUUUUCUCCGGCUAGAGUGUUGGAUUUUGGUGCUGGUACUGGUUCUGCUUUCUGGGCCUUGCGUGAAGUAUGGCCAAACUCUCUUGAAAGAGUUAAUUUAAUUGAGCCAUCCCAGUCUAUGCAACGUGCAGGUCUGAGCCUUAUCAAAGAUCUGAAGAAUUUACCACUUAUACAGAGCUAUGGUAGCAUUCAGGCACUGAGUCAAAACAUAAGCAAGUCUGAUAGAAAGCACGACCUUGUCAUUGCUUCUUAUGUACUUGGUGAAAUACCAUCAUUGAAGGAUAGAAUUACCAUUGUGCGCCAGCUGUGGGAUCUUACACAAGAUGUUCUAGUUUUAGUGGAACCCGGAACACCACAUGGAUCAAGUAUCAUAUCUCAAGUGCGAUCUCACAUUAUGUGGAUGGAGAAAAGGAAAAGCCGCAAAUUAGCAAAGGCAUCUAAUCAAGUCUCUAAGAAUUUGAUGACACACAAAUGCGGGGUCCAUAUAGUAGCGCCAUGUCCUCAUGAUGGAGCUUGUCCAUUGGACAAUACUGGAAAAUAUUGUCAUUUUGUUCAGCGCUUGCAGAGGACGACAUCACAGCUUGCAUACAAGCGUUCCAAUGGUGUGCCUCUACGUGGCUUUGAAGAUGAGAAAUUUUGUUACGUUGUAUUCAGACGAGGACCUCGACCCAGUGAAGCAUGGCCACUUGACGGUAUGAAGUUUGAUACGUUGAAAGAACAGAAUGCCAAAAUGAAUCCCGAGGAUCUUGAUAGCAGCUACGAUGAUGACCAAUAUGAUUCAGAACCCGAGGAUAUUCUUUACGAUAAAAAGAUGAUCAAGUACGAGUCCGAUAUCAACGAACCAUACGCCACGACCGAAAGUGACGCAGAGGAAGAAGCAGAAGACGAGACAACUCGUGCUGAUCUCGGAAGCGGUUGGGGAAGAAUCAUCUACUCUCCAAUAAAAAGGGGUAAGCGAAUCGAAAUGGAUGUUUGUCGAGCCACCAAUCACGAUGGCUCGGAGGGUCGUUUCGAGAGGGUGACCGUCACAAAAAGCAAGAACCCGACGUUGCACCAUCAGGCCCGAAGAUCACUGUGGGGUGAUCUGUGGCCCUUUUGAUUUCAAGAAUCUUCUUUUUCUUCUGUAAAUCUAAGUUUUGUUUACUUGAUUUGUAAAAGUAGAGAUUUAGAAUAAAGAGUAAAUUACGUUUUCCGUCCUUGUGGUUUAGAAAUUGCGGUUUUUGUCCCUAUGGUUUGU